AUGACCUGUUUCCACCAUUACAAAUCCCAACUCUACACACCUCCAUCAUCAGAGUCUAGCGAUCUUCUUUGCCGCAAUCACUCUCGUAGAUCUUAUAUAGAAGCGCCUCUUAUUCCAAUUCUGCCUUUUUCUUCCUCCAAAUCGGCAAACUCAAGUAAUUCAAGGAUUACAUUCUCCACUUUCCACCAACACACAUUCAUCCAAAACACAAUGUCGUACGACCCUAAAGGCACCGUCGCCAAAGUUUUCGAGCCCCUUCUUGCAAACGAGCUCGCGUCCACUUACGGAAUCUCCGACGAUGCCCAGGACACCGCCGAGUACAUCAACGACAGAAUCGGCCAAGGUAAGUCUGCCGCAGAGAUCUGUCUGGACGUCAAGGACGUGAUCAACAUCCCGAUCGACGAGGCUUUCAUGGGCCGUGUGUUCGCUGAAAUCACCCGUUUGCAGCAGCUCGAGGCUUCGGGACAGCCACUCACUCCUCAGCAACAACAACAACAACAGCAGCAGCAGCCACAGCACCAAGAGCAGGCUCCUCAAGAAGUUGCACAACCUCAAAUGACUCAGAGUCUGUUCCCUGCUGCUGCCCCCGUUGCUCCUGCUACAUCCGCUGCACCUGCCCCUGCCAUUAAUCCAUUCUUCCCCAAUGGCGCCCCUGCUCCCACAUUCAGCACUCCAGUUGGCGGAGGGUCUCAGCAAAACCAGAAACCAAAGGUGUUCCCUUCUGGCCCUGCAAUGAAGGGCAACACCCAGAAAAAGGGCCAUGUGGACUUCCACAAAGUCGGCUCUGAGCCCAGAAAGACUGGCAUCCAGAAAGGAAAGCCAACCCGUGGCGGCGUGGGUAAGGACUAUGACUCCAAAACAAACCAAAGAGCCACUCAGAGAAAGGGUAUCAACGCUGCCAACUUGCAACGUACCUUGAACGCCGGCUCUGAUGCCACCGUCAACAUGCAAACGUUUACCCAACGUCCGCCAAAGGGCCGUUGUCAGGAAUUCCCACACUGCUCAAACAUUGCUUGUGAAUUCUCACAUCCUACUAGAAACUGCUUCAAGUAUCCAGAAUGUCCCAACCCACCAGGAACCUGUGACUAUUUGCACCCAUCUGAGGAUCAGAAGUUGAUCCAGGAAUUGGCAAAGACUAAGACCGCUUUCAGAGACCGUAGAGCCCAAGCUGCUGUCACAGUCGACCUGUGUAAGUUUGGUGUUCUUUGCUCCAAAGAAUUGUGUCCUUUCGGUCACCCAACUCCAGCCAACAAGCAUGCCAAGGUCAUGGUUCCAAAAUGGUGUUCCCAACCAAGAGACUGCAGUGAUCCCGAAUGUCAAUUCGCUCACUCUUCUCCCAACUACCAGGCAGAGCCUGUUCGUUCGACUCCAGCACCUCGUCCAGGUGCCAAAGGUGGUCGUCUGGCUAGAGUUGCAACCACCUUGGAGCAAUGUAAAUUCGGCAAAGGAUGCACCAAUUCAUCCUGCCCAAAGAGACACGCUACCUCGAUGGUUGCAUGCCAUGGUGGUUAUACCUGCACACGUAUGGAUUGUACUUUCGCUCAUCCGAUCUUGGAGCCUUGCCGGUUUGGAGACGAAUGCAAGAGCAAAACCUGUUUCUACAUCCAUCCUGAUGCUCGUGAACAUCGUCUCUUCUUUAGAGGUGACGGUCUGGAAAACACUUCCAAUAGAACGUUUGCCGUUCCUGAGGACCAGGUAAUGGAGCAGGCAGUUCAACAAUGA